CGUGAAAUUAUACGACGCGCUACUAUCAUGGCCGUGCGGAGAGACUAUGUUUAUUCUUCAACAGCAUUAGAUGGUUUGUUAUAGAAUUAGUAAAAACGUAGAGAAAAAUAUUUAACUCAUUGAAAUAAAUGCUUACUAUUAAGGUUGUGCAGUGUAUGUCUGCAGCUAAUAAGCAUGACAGACACGAAUAAAACCAACAAUACGCGAUCUACAGUAGAUGCAACCAAAGAAAUUCGGAGUCGAAUCGAGUCUUCGGAGAACAAAUUCAAAACAAAGAUAUAUUGUCCAUCAUUGAGCGCAUCGCUGUAUUGUGGAAAAAAUGUGGAAACCCCAAAACAUAGAUCAAGGAGAAGAUUUAAUUGUUGCCCCAAUGGUGACUCCCCAAGUGAAGCAGAUGCUCUGCAGGACAUCAUCUGGGAUCCUGCUUCACCACCUCAAAUGAGGACCGGAAAAGCAGCUGGAGAAAGUGACAGAGUUGUGGAAAUAUCUGAGAUUGUUAACAGAAUUGCACCAAAUGAAGAGAAGCCAGUGGAUAAAGAUUCAGUGCUUCACUGGAUUGGGGAUUCUGCUAUCCCCUGCACUCCAGAGAUUCAGCAACCCAGAGUUCGGCGGUUCUCAGCACGCCGGCAAUGUAACAAUGUUGAGGACCUGAUGAAACUCGCUAAGCAGUUUGACCUAAACAUGACUCGCCAACACAAAGACACUCUUAAGAGGCUACAAAAUAGUGAGGGUCUAAAUUGUAAAGACUUGCACAAGCUCAACAAUCUCACUGCCACCCACCCAGAAUCAAAGAGUAUUAGUGCUUCAAUUGGAGAAGCCAAGGGACUUGGCCAUGAGGAGGAGCUGCAUGCUCUGUUUGAUGGACCAACUCAGCAGUUGAGCGGGAGAUUAAGCCCUUUAUCCACUAAUUAUUCACAGGAGAGCAGGACUGAAAAACCAGCUACUCAUGAAAUGAGACCAACCACUUCAAACAGCAAGGAUCUUCCUGAAGAUGCUCAGGUGUCAAAAACAGAUUUUGAUGAUGAUUGGGAGAAUGAUGAUCUUCUGAGUGACUUUGUGCUGGAGGUGACUUCGAACCAUCUUUUAAGCCCUUGUAUGGGAAAACCUACUAGUCAUAUAUGGUCUGCUGGUUACAAAAAAUGUGAACCCAUGAUGCCAGCGAGUUCCUCUGGAGCAAGCAGCAGAGCUCACACAAUUACCAGCCAUUACACAAGGAAUUUAUCAGAAACUUACACCAAUCCUAGUUCUUCUAGGGCAGAUGGUCCGAUCCGGUCUGGUGCAAUUACUCAACUUUCAAAAACCACCCCUGAUUUGGUGAACACAGAUUCAGGAUAUCAGAUAGCACACAUACAGGGUGGAAAGCAGCAGACAUUUAUGACCACUGUUGGCCCAGAAGCAAAAGAUAUAGCCAGUUCAUCUGGAACAACAGGGAAAGACUUAGACCCUCUUUGGUGUGAUAGAGAUGAUGAUGACGAUGAUCUGCUUUGUCAGGCCUGUGACGACCUGGAGCGAAUCGCAGAUGUUAAAGAGAAGCUAAGAGAUAAGAAUUCAACCAAGACCUCAUAUUCUUCACCUGAAGUACCUUCAUCCACCAUCACUACUAUUUCUUCAAGCAUGAAAAGAAACCUUAGAACUGUUCAGCUUCAGCAGCCCACAGAACAUAGACAGCCAGUGUGUGUUUUUGCACGCUCACAUUCAAUACCGGGUGCUUCAGGUAUUCAUGGAGACAAGCAAAGCUUUUCUGAAUCAGCAAGUGACUUACAAGUAUACCACUUUUCUCAGAAAAGCAAACAGUACCCUUUUACUCAGCUGAUGCAUGCUACAGGACCAUUUGGUGAAAGCACCUACAAUUCCACUUUCAAGAGGCAUCAGUCUGAUCCAGGGACAUUGAGGAACAAAGUGUUCAUCACAGCACAGCCAGCAGUGAUUUGCUCCGCUGCUGAGAUUGAAAAGAAGAAGCAGGAAGCUAUAGCAAGGAGGAGAUUGCGACUGCAAGCCACUCUGAAGCCUGAUGCUCCCACAUAACCCACCACAGAGGAGCUUAAAUUCUUAAAUUAAGUGCUAUCUGCCCUCUGAUAUCAAAUUAAAGUUUUGGUCUCUGAUUCUGUGUUAAAAAACAAAAAGUCCUUUUUCUUUUUCACUUUCAUCUAGCUGCUUCACUUAAUCCAGAGUAAGGUGCUAAUUUGUGUUGAAACACUAAACAAACCAUGUUUUUCGUUAUUUGUUUAGUGUUAGAAAAUGUUCUAAUACAAAUAUCUUCUAACAAACGGAAACAAAGUGACAGUUCUUAAUCAUUAAGAAAUAUCUUCUAGAGGAAUUUAUUCUCUAUAAUUGUACACUCUGGUUCCACCUUUAGUCACAGCAGAACCCUGUCUGAUCUUGUGAUGUGUGUUAAACUUUUCUUUUUUCUGUUGUCUUUUUUGUUUUCCAUCACUUAGCAGUGGCUGUUUAUUCUGUGGUUUGUCUGCAAAUGAUUGUCAUGAUAAAGUAUAGAUAAUUUUAUUGAUUUGUGUUCUUGGGAAAGGCAAACCUUUCCAUUUCAUAUAAGAGACUUUCCAAGCUCAGAGUAGGUUGAUUACAAGCUCUGAGAACCUGUGAAAUUGCCAUUCCAAUUGAGAAAUUAAGCAAAUCUCUGUAUUUAUUAGUGCAGCUUAUGGAUUAAAAUGUAUUUAAUCCAAUUUUCUUUUUUUGUAUUUCUGAACUAUGAUAUUUUGGUAACCAAACUUCCUUUCAAUUUAAGUUUUUAGAUCUUCUACACAUAUUGCAGUAUGCUCUUAUUUUUCCAGACUUUAAGAACAUCCCACAUGCUCUACAUUGAUGAUUGUUUUAUUUUAUAUGACAAUUCAUCAAUGUUAUGUAACUCUACCAUUUUGUGUUUAAUGGUAUUAAAAUGUCACAUUUUUUUGCACAUUAAAUGAAAAGCCUCUGUCUUCACCACACCUGGUGCCUUGUACAUGCUACAAUGUUUUUCAUUGUUUCCCCAGGGGAUUGUGUAUCAUUCAGAUCUGGAUCCUUGCCAUUUUCAGUUGUUGAAUACACAGAUGUGUGUGCCCCUGUGUUCCUGGGUUUAUGCUCUCUAAGGCAAGGCUUGCAUGCACUGAAUUCUCCCCUGCUCCUUCUUAUUGACUGUAAAUCAGUUUCACAGUAAUUUGGCAUGGGGAUGAAGGCUUUUUUUAAUUACUGUGAUUAUGGUUAUGAUGAUGACUCCAAUUUAUUCCAAGCAGAAACAGGUGUUGAGUUGCUACAAUAUACAAGUUGUUGAAGGAUUUUCAGUUAUGUGGUAUAAUCAGACUGCCAGUAGACAGUGUAAUGAAUUCUUCAAAACCUUUUUCCCCUCUUGAAAACCAGAGAGCAAUUACUGAUUAUUGCGAUGGACUGGUGCCAUACCAAGUCAGCUUUGUGCCACCGGGGCGUUCACCUAUGGAAGAAACGUACUCUAACUGUAGUGAUUAAGGCAAAUUACUAUACGUCGAUGCAAGAGAUAAUUUGUUUUAUUGUUAUUGAGGUGUAAGCUUAAUGUUUCUGGUUAAUCUAAAUGUUCUAACAAAAACAAGUGGACCUUGCUUAAAAAACAAUCCAGGGUUGUUUUUAAAAAUUGCUGGCAAAUAUUAAUAAUUUAUUAAACUCCUAAAAAAUUAAACAUUUUAAAUGAAAAUACAAUCUAUAUCUUAUCAUCCUAUAUGGUUGAACAAUAUCUCACAAAACAUUACUGCAUUAAACCAUGCUUCAGCAAUACCUGCUGCAGGUUAUUGCCCAGACAUAUGACUAAUACAGAAAGCAGUCAGGUGAGGGUCAGAGGGGGCUGAAGUUGUCAUCAUGUUAAAUGAACUGUAAAUAUUUUCAGUGUGUCAUUAGCAUCUUAGAUUUGUUUCAACAAGGCUUACAUGAGGGCUCUGUGCAUAGGCCCCCAGGUAUGAACAGGCAAAUGCGCACACACAGCUUGAGUGUCUGUGCUGAGGAAUGUUCUAAUG